AUGGUCCCCCCGGCGGACGCGGGUGCCCCGACGCGUCCGCCCGCCGGGCGCCCGCGGGCAGCGCCGGCGGAGGUCAGGGCUGGGCGGAAGCCGAGCCGGGCUCCCGUCCAGCGGGCGGUGGAGGCGCGCGCUGAACCCCUGCUCCGGCGGGGCGCACCCGCCCCGGCCCCCGCGCAGACCCGCCGCGUAGGCUCCGCGAGCGCAGGGCCUGGACUCCAGAGCUGGCCCAGCUGGCCGGCCGUGGCGGCGGGGGUCAGCCGCCGGUGGGGGGAGGCCCUUCCCGGGGCGGAAAGCCGGGGAGCGCUCCUUCCCUCCGAGGACAAGGCUUUAGGGAUUGAGCCGCGCCUGCAGAGGCGCCUUUCCCCGGGAGAACGGACACAGCCUGGGCUUCUGGGGUUCCGAGGGGAUCUGAGCUGCGGUUGCGGAAGCUCCCUCCGAGAGGGGACGCGCGGGCACUGUGCACAGACCAGUCUGUGCCCCUGGGCGGCCGUGUCCCUCCUUCAGUGCCACGGGGAGCGGGGCGAGCCGCGUCGGAGUGGCUGGUCCCUUUUGAUGUGGACGUUUCAGGACUUUGGGGGUCAGACGGGGCGUUCCCUGGGUGAGGGGACACAGCGCCCAGCCUGCCCCCGACAGCUGUGGGCUUUUCCCGUGGCCUGGCAGCAGGCCUGCCUGCCUUGGAGGACCGGGUGCCAGGUUGUUGGAGAAGGGAGGACCACCUGUCCUGCUGCUGUCUGUCACCGGAGGGGCUGGAGUCCCCAUCUCGCAGACCAGCCCCCAGCCAAGCCCACAGCACGCACUGUGCUUCUCGCACCAGCCACCGGGGGGCAGAGGCCAGCAAGCGCGGCCUGUCCUUGGAGGCUCUCAGGAGAGGUGUCUUUGGCAGCUCAAUUCUCUGGCGCAACUUCCAUGCAAGGCGCGAGGCAUGGGGUGUGUGUGUGGGGCGGGGUGUGCACCGGCCACGCCAGACAGGAACCUCCUGGGUCCCAGGUCCGGGGUCCCUAGCUUCUGGAAGCCACUGACUGCAGGGCAUGGAGUGUCCUCCAGCCCGGAAGGAGUCCGCAGCCAGCCUCUUGGGUCCAGGGCGCCUCCUCUGCGGCCUGGGUGGCUGCCCGCACAGUCAGCAGCAGGCCCCCAUGGGAGCCCCGCUGGCUGUGCCCCCAGCUAGGUCAGGCAGUGGGCCAGACUCACAGGCGUUCA